CCCUCUUCGCCUGACUACUUAAGUCUCCUUCUCCUACUCUCCCCCAUUCAUUCCUAUCAUCAAUCGUAUACCUUUGUCUCCCCACAGUUUCAUCUGUGUUCUCUACACACCUUCACUCAUCAACUCAAUAACAUCUCACACCGUCUACUGCACUCUUCUUAAGUCUGCCAUCAUGCAGAUCUUCGUCAAGACCCUGACUGGCAAGACCAUCACCCUCGAGGUCGAGUCAAGCGAUACCAUCGACAACGUCAAAUCCAAGAUUCAGGACAAGGAGGGCAUCCCCCCCGAUCAACAGCGUCUGAUCUUCGCUGGCAAGCAGCUCGAGGACGGACGUACUUUGUCCGACUAUAACAUUCAGAAAGAGUCUACCCUCCAUCUCGUGCUCCGCCUUCGUGGUGGCAUGCAGAUCUUUGUGAAGACCCUCACGGGCAAGACCAUCACUCUUGAGGUUGAAUCUAGUGAUACUAUCGACAAUGUCAAGUCUAAGAUUCAGGACAAGGAAGGUAUUCCUCCCGAUCAGCAGCGCUUGAUCUUCGCUGGAAAGCAACUUGAGGAUGGACGUACCCUUUCCGACUACAACAUCCAGAAGGAAUCUACCCUUCACUUAGUUCUGCGCCUUCGUGGUGGUAUGCAGAUCUUUGUCAAAACUCUUACUGGGAAAACCAUUACACUGGAAGUUGAGUCAUCCGAUACGAUCGACAACGUGAAGAGCAAGAUUCAGGACAAAGAGGGCAUUCCCCCGGAUCAGCAACGCCUUAUCUUCGCUGGAAAGCAGCUGGAAGAUGGUCGCACGCUCUCCGAUUACAACAUUCAAAAGGAAUCGACUUUGCACUUGGUCCUACGUCUCCGUGGUGGUAUGCAGAUCUUUGUCAAGACGCUCACAGGAAAGACGAUCACCUUGGAAGUAGAGUCAUCGGAUACCAUUGACAAUGUGAAGAGCAAGAUUCAGGACAAAGAGGGUAUCCCUCCGGACCAGCAGCGUCUCAUCUUUGCUGGCAAGCAGUUGGAGGACGGUCGCACGCUUUCUGACUACAACAUCCAGAAGGAAAGCACUCUCCAUCUGGUUCUCCGACUUCGUGGUGGAAACUGAUUUGUUAGUUCUUUGCACAGUCUCAGAUUCACGGGUUGACUGGACUGCAUGGCGUUCGGAAUGGUUUCACUGGCUGUUAUGACACUGAUAAUUAGUACAUACCUCUUUGUAUCACCAUCUUAGUGGUGCUCUCUCUCUCUAUCAAGAAUUGACGACAAUCUUCGGAUUAUAGCUGUUCUUCAGACUGGGCCAAAUAUUCAGGAGCUUGAAAGUAAGGCAGUAAGAUGGUACAGUAGUACGAUAAACUUGUACUUCCCAUCAGCUU